GUGCCCUUGAACUGCACACGUAUGUCUUUAUGCAUUGUUAUAAAAUUUCGAAAUAAGAGAAUAUUACAUUUGGAGAAAUGUACAUAAUUCAAACGCACCUUAUUAGCUGCCUAUGAUAGUUUAUGAAAUAUGGUUACAGCUAAUUCAAUAAGGGCAAAAAAUGACGGCUGUUCCAGUUCCAUGACAUAUGUAUGCAUGGCCAUAUGCAAAUUCAUUAAAUAGAAUAUUAUUCCAACUCAUGGACAGUCAUUUGCGAAUAUGUAUAUUCGAUGAGGGUGAAGCUGCUGGAGCAAUUGUAUCAUGUUUAUUUAUUGUUAUCCCUGCUACACCCUCAUUAACAUGAGCCUGGUCAAUUAGUUCACGAGACUUGCAAUUGAAUCCGUGGCUAAGAAAGGCAGAGGCUGAUAAUCACCCCCAAAACCCGUCUUUUAAUGGAAAAUUACAAAAUGAGUGUAAUAACGAGGUCUAAUUCUAUGACCAAAGACCAGAUUAUUCUAGAACGUGUAUUUUUAUUAUUAUUUAUGGAAACGGAAUGAUGUAUGUUUGGUUUUACUGAGAUGCAGAUCAUACAGAUGAACUAGUCACGAACAAAACCAGUCCUAAAUACUAAAAUAAUAAUCUACAUGGGGUGCUAUAUUCUGUUCCAAGGCAAGCACAAUAUUAUUGUGUAAAAAACGCUACAUGUUUCAUUUCUGCAAACUCGCUAACAAACAAACGCAAAGUUUUCUCAAGGCCAAAGAGUUGGUGAAAAUUAUGCAAAUUAUAUAUUUUAGGUCAUAAAAUGUAUAUAAGCUCACUAGAAGCAACCCCAUGCACAUCUGUACACACACAAAAGCAGUUAUUGUUGGAUAGAGCGAUAAUUUCCCAUUUAUAACUAUUUUCCCUUUCAACACAUAGUUUGAGGUUGAAAUUUAUGUGACUAAAAAAUCUUUGGCCACAAUGCAAACUACAAGUACUUAUCUAACCAUACAUAACAUAUUUCAUAAAUUUUAAUAACGUCCGUAUGAAUAAUGCGAUCAUCAGGAUGGUUAAUGAUACAAUAUUUGCUUUUACAACGUAUUCAUUGAAUUGCUGGUGAAGUGUACAUACAGAUGUACUGAUGCAUUUCUUAUUCUGCACAGCAGAAUAUAUAAAUCCAGAUUUUUACAAUGAAUAUUUCAUAAUUUUGGAGUUUCAUAUGUAAUUUUCGGAACUAUGAAUCCGCAUCAACUCGCUUCGACUGGUAACCUGCGACUUUUGUUGUGCUCUUUUAGCUUGGAUACCAAGCAAAUUGCGCCCGACACAUUUUUCCAGUCACAGAAUAAUGAAUGCCAUUCUGCUCUUAGAACUUUGUGUAAAUAAAUUUAAUUUUAAAUUAGGCCAGGUUUGCACGCAUUACCAAAAUCAGGAUCAUUAAAUGAGUAUGGGGUCAACAGUAUUGUCCAUUAAAAUAGGGCAUAAAAUACUACCAGGCAGAGUAUGUAUAGGUUUAUAUGACGGAAAAAGUCCCUGUCUGACAUGUGCCACUUAUGGAGAAAGGAUUUUGCUGCUGAAGCUAAAAAAGACCCAUGAGUUAAUUCCUGGAAAAAGUGUGGACGCUGUGGCAGAAGACAUCACAUUCCUGAACAUCAAUCAACCCAUCACUUGCAUCGCUGCGGGGCCGAUGUACCGGACGUCUGAUCGCUACUACCUCUUUGUGGGCACACAGACCAAUGUCUUUGGCUACGACGUGGAGAACAACAAGGACCUUUUUUUCAAGGAGGUGGUUGAUGGGGUCAACUGCAUUCUGACGGGCUGCUUGUCAGGAGUAGAACUGGGAUCGGGAGACUCGUUAGCAAUCGCGGGUGGCAACUGCUCCCUUCAAGGUUUCGACGCAGAAGGGACGGAUGUUUUCUGGACCGUCACUGGAGACAAUGUAGGAGCAAUUGCACUUCUGGACUAUGACGGUGAUGGGGAAAACGAGAUGGUGGUGGGGUCGGACGACUUUGACAUCCGCGUCUUUAAAUCCGAUCAAAUUAUUGGCGAAGCAUCAGAAACAGAUACAAUUUCGCACAUAGCUCCUCUAAAAGGUAGCACCUUUGCAUACGCACUGACCAAUGGGACCAUCGGGGUAUACGAACGACUGCAACGCUUAUGGAGAAUCAAAUCUAAGAAUCACGCCCUUGCAAUUGUGGGAUUUGACUUUGAUGGCGAUGGGUUUCCUGAACUUGUCACAGGAUGGAGCAAUGGAAAAAUGGAUAUCCGAAAUGUCAAGAAUGGCGAAGUCCUCUUUAAAGACAACUUUAAUCAUCCUUUAGCCGGAAUUUUUACCGUCGACAUAAAUCAAGAUGGAAAAAUGCAUUUGAUUUGUUGCGAUGUCGAAGGCGAAGUUCGGAUUUAUCAACCUAGCAGUCAUGACGGGAGAAUGCUUUACAUUUCUCCAAAUGUGGAACAGGAGGCUAUCCGAGAGCUCAGCAUUAAAAAACAUCACUUGCUGCUAGAAUUAAAAAAUUAUGAUGCGAGUGGAGCUAUGAAAUCGUCUACUGGAAGUACGACGACAGACCCAUCUUCGAGAUCUCGACAACGUGAAGCUGGUGCAAUUCCGACGAAAACUACGCUUCAAACUGCUUUCUCCAUUAACAUGGGUUCGGAUGAGAAAGGCGCUCAUAUUGAAAUCACUCUAUCGCUAAAUAAUGACGCCCAAAUCCGAUCAGCUCUGAUAUUUGCUGAAGGGAUUUUUCAAGGGGAGUGUCACGUUGUUCAUCCAAAGCUAGAAGCUCUUCAAUCUAAAAUCAGCGUGCCGCUAAUGCCUCCGAAAAACGUCGUGGUCGAUUUGCAUAUCAAGGCUUAUGUUGGAUUCAGUGACAGCGAGCAUUUUCAUGUUUUCGAAAUGACUCGACAAAUUCCUAGAUUUUCAAUGUUCGCAGUGUGCAAGGAUCCCAACCCUCAGGAAAUUACCAGUUUUGUUAGAGUACCAAUCCAAGAGAGACCUGCUCGACUUGUGAUGUGGAUAAACCAAAAUUUCUUGCUUGCUGAAGAAAUUGACUUCAAGACUGGAUUUUCAGUGUCAUUCAUUUCAUUAAGAAACCAUCAAGAGUUGAGUUUUGAAGUCGAAACUAGUGGAACAACCAUAAUUCGGACUAAUGACAUGGAUCUUGCUGGUGAUAUCGUACAAAGUUUGUGCCAGUUCUUACACAUUGAUGAUUUGGAGACGGAAGCAGAGUAUCCUGAUGAAAUCACACAUCUUGUGAGAGCGGUGGAAGAGUAUCAGGAAAGCAAUGACAGGUUAGGUGCAGACAUUUCGGACCAAUCAGGCGUCAUCAAAACGCUGCUGAUUCGGGCCGAAGACGCCAGGUUAAUUGGAGACAUCAAAGGAAUGCGAAAGUGGUACAUGCAGCUCCAUGAUGCGAACAGAAACCUUAUCAAUCAGCACCAAAUUAGAUGCAACAUGGCUGAGAAUAUUUCAGAGUCCAUCAAAGCUGUUAAUCAAAUUAUUCAAAAAGCAGCUAGGCUUCGAGUUGGGAAGCCAAAAGCAAAUGUUAUCACUGCAUGCAGAGAUGCCCUGCGUGUUAAAAAUAUCGAAGCAAUUUCUAGAAUUAUUAAAUCAGGAGCAACAUAAUUUAAAAAUUUGGUAUAAAUCUGUAUUUCAUAACUUUUCCACACAUAAUUUUACAUAUGCAAUAAAUAUAGACUUGUCGCAUACCCUCCUA